UUGCAUCAUUUGCAGCAGCUGCUCCAAACGGGCGUCUCGCUCAUUGUGGACGAUGGCAAAUCAACGCCGGAGGCAGCUGCAGCUGUGCCACGUAGACGUCCGGGCGGCGGAGGAGCAGGGGCCGGAUCCGGAGCCGGAGCUGGUGUAGGCGGAGGCAAACGAAAGCGACGUCCGCAACUGCCGCUAGCCACGAUGGGGGCCAACGAGGAGGAGGGCGAGCCAAAUGGCGCCUAUUGGCGGGGCCAUGUGGAGGAUGCUGCAGCUGGUCGACGCAAACAGUUGCCCAUACGCGAGCCGAUGGCAGCGCUGGAAAGGGAGCGCGAGCGUCAGCGGCUGCGUCAGACGGAGGCGCCACCCUUGAGCGCCAGCAAGGCCUACCGUCGACCCUACGGCCAGGCCAAGAAACAAGACCAGGAGCAGCAACAGCAGCAGCAGCCGAUUGCUGCCACAGGCAAUAGCAAAACGUCUGUUGACCUGAAGAACAUAUUGAAGAACUCGGGCGGCCUCAGCCUCAGCGAGAUAUUGCAGCAGAAGAAUCUGUCGCUGGACGAUCUGCUCAAGGGCAAGCAGAAUGCGCUGCUGGCGCUGCAGACAACAGCGGUGGCGCCUGCUACCAGCCAGGAGGCCAAGACAGCAGCAGCAGCCAGUCACAGUAGCAAUGGCAAUGGCAAUGGCAACAAGCAUGGUGUGCGACGCAUACCGGCCGCGUUUCUGGCGCAGGAAGAGAAUCAACAGCAGCAGCAGCAGCAGCAGCAGCUGGAGGAUUCGCGGGAGGAACUGUUCAAGCCCAAGCCGAAUAAGCUGCCGGCAUUGCAGCGUUUAAAGCUAUUUGGCAGCUCGUCGCGCGAAAGCAGCAGCACUCGACGCCUAAGCAGCAGCACAGCAGCAACAACAGUUGCAAGCAGCUCAACGACAACAACAACAACAACACGAUUGCCGCUUUACAAGAAACGACAGCAGAUGCGUUCCACACUGAAGCCGCAUGGACUGUUCAAAGCAACAGCAAGCAGCACAACAACGCCAACAUCAACAACCACAGCAGCAACAGCAGCAACAACAACUGCAGCAGCAGCAACAGCAGGCACAACAAUAGCAGCAGCAACCGAGCAAACUGAGGACGAAUCGCUGUUGCUGGAGACAACAACAACAGCAACAGUUGCUGCAGCUGAUAUAUCUGAAUCUGAGCAAGAAAACAGCAGCGAGCUGUUGACAGCAACACGUUAUCGCACACGCAACAGCAGCAACAACAACAGCGACAACAGCAGAGAGCAAACGAAGCGAUUGCGAGACAAUAUUAUUGGCAGCAAUUACGAUAGAAAUUCCGUGGAAGGCAUAGAAGAUGUCGAGUUGGAGUUGAACGACAACAUCGUCAGCACAGCGGCAACAUACAACAGCAGCAGCAGCGGCAGCAACAACAACAGCAGCGAGGAGCAACAGGAGGGCAACGAUGAGUUGGAGAACUUUUUCGAUGAAGUCGAAAGCAAUACGCAUCACAUACGCUUGCCAGCGCCGACAGCAACAGCGCGACCAGCCAAGCAACGCACACGCACACAACACCAGCAACAACAGCAGCAGCAACAACAACAGCAGCAGCAGCAGCAGCAACAACAACAACAGCCGCUGUUGCUCGUCGAUGAUGUGGACGAUCGCACGGAUCUGCUUGAACUAAUCGAAGAUCGACGUUCGGGCAAUCGUUUGUUCAAAGUGCUCGAGCAACGCAACAUGACGCUGGAGGAGCUGAUCGAACAUCGUAAACGCGGCUCGAGUCAGUUGCACCUAUCCACGAUCCUCAGCUCGGGCAGCGAGCAAUCGCGCUAUUAUCCCGGCCAGAAGGUGGUGCUGCAGGAUAAUAUGGAUAUUGUGACGGCGUUUGAGAAUUUUCCGCAUUUCAAUUUGAUCGACUUGAAGAGCGUGAAGCCGGAUGAGAUUAAAACGGAUUCGCAGGGCUCCAGCUAUUUCACAUCGAUUAUCGAUAUUGAGCCGAAUAAUGAAAAUGGUGAUGAUGGUGCCAGCGAUGGCAUCGAUAACAAUCGCAAUCGAGGCACACGAACAAACACACACACAGCAGUGCGCGGCAGCAGCUCAGCACGCCAAAUGCACAGACGACCCGCCUAUGCCCAAACAUCCCUAUCAGCCACACCCACAGCACAACAACAACACCAGCAGCCGCGCGGCGAAAAGUCGCUAAAUUUCUUUCCGUCGUGGAAAACAUUGGCGCUCGCCUCGCUGGCCACGGCUCGAGCUGGCGGCGCCAAUGCGGACGAUAAGCGGGCCGCGUACUAUUUGCCACCGCCACGCCUCCUGCUGGACAGCAACGCAGGCAGCUCACAGGAGCAGGACGACAGCAGCAGCAACAGCAUGGACAUCGAUCUAAGUGUGAAUGCAUUUGGCGGCCCGAGCAGCGGCAAUCUGAGCAAACUGGCGCCCAGCGAGGACAACAGCGAUGUCAUCGAUACCAUUGAGAAUGAGGUGGCGCGGGCACACGAUCUGCUUGACUUGGAGCUGUCCGGGCAUGGCUUCCGCCGCAGUCCGGCAGCUGCGGCGACAACAAUGUCGCAGCAGCAUCUGAGCAGUCUCUAUGCGAGCAUGCCGGCGGGCAUACGAUCGGCGCUGGUGGCCAGUGCGGCCAUUGUGCUGACGUCGCUGGCGACGCUGAUGGUGAUCUUUGUGGUGUGCCGCUGGAAGCAGCAUCGGAAGCGCAAGUCGAGCUACCUGAAGACCUACAAUGCGAUGAAGAGCAAGCUGCCCCAGUUGGCGCAGACGGCGAACGCCUCGCGUCGCUCCUCGCUGCGCCAGCACAUGGAGGAGCUGGUCAUCACCAGCAGCAGCAGCAGCAGCAACAAUAGCAGCGAAAUGUGCCACAAGCCGCACAAAUCUGCGCUCGGCAUUGCCACAGUGUCGUGCAACACGCCCGUGCACCAUCAGUAUCAGCAUCAACAGCAUUCACAUCAGCUGCAGCGCCAGAGCUCGUUGCUAUUCAGCCGCGAGGGCUGCUCUGUGACGAAAGCAGCAGGAGCAGGAGCAGGAGCAGCAGCAGCAGCAGCAGCAGCGGCGGCAGCAGCAACAUCGGCUGCGGCUGCAGCAACAGUCACAUCUGCUGGCGCGGCUGCCACAACAGCGACUGCCACCGCAACAGCAGCUGGGCGUGGCGUCAAUUCAUUGGCAUUAACACUGCGCAGCACGCAUCAGAAACUCAAUACCAUGGAUCCCAAUUCGCCCGAGGUGCAGGAAUACCUAUUCGAUACGUUGCGCAAAUCAUUCGAUAAUUAAUUAAGCACUAGGCUCUAGAUA